GUUCCACUGUCGGACAUGAAAUGUCCCUUAAGCUGUGAGAGAAAGAUAUUGGAGUUUAGUCUUCCUUUAAGAAUGAAGAUGAAUUUUGGGUUGACUUUCAGGGCAGUGAAAGGCCUUUGCAUGGUGAAGCACAGCCGGCAGUACUCACAUGGAUCCAUUGGGUUAUUUGUGCCACCAAGUCCUCCUGUGGACCCUGAGAAGGUCAAAGAAUUACAGCGCUUCAUCACCCUUUCCAAGAGACUCCUAGUAAUGACUGGAGCGGGAAUCUCCACCGAGUCCGGGAUCCCAGACUACCGGUCAGAAAAGGUGGGACUUUAUGCCCGCACUGAUCGGAGGCCCAUCCAGCAUGGGGAUUUUGUACGGAGUGCUCCAAUCCGCCAGCGGUACUGGGCGAGAAACUUCGUGGGCUGGCCUCGGUUCUCCUCCCACCAGCCUAACCCUGCACACUGGGCUUUGAGCAACUGGGAGAGACUCGGAAAGCUGCACUGGUUGGUGACCCAAAAUGUGGAUGCCUUGCACACCAAGGCGGGUAGUCAGCGCCUGACAGAACUCCACGGAUCCAUGCACAGGGUCCUCUGCUUGCAUUGCGGUGAGCAGACUGCCCGUGGGGUGCUGCAGGGGCGCUUUGAAGCCCUGAACCCCACCUGGAGUGCGGAGGCCCAGGGCCUGGCUCCUGAUGGUGAUGUCUUUCUCACGGAGGAGCAGGUACAGAGCUUUCAGGUCCCGUCCUGUGCUCGAUGUGGGGGCCCUCUGAAACCAGAUGUCGUUUUCUUCGGGGACACCGUGAACCCUGACAAGGUCAACUUUGUGCACAGGCGCGUCAAAGAAGCUGACUCUCUCUUGGUGGUGGGAUCGUCCUUGCAGGUGUACUCUGGUUACAGGUUUAUCCUCACUGCACGGGAGAAGAAGCUACCAAUUGCAAUACUGAAUAUUGGGCCCACACGGUCGGAUGCCUUGGCGUGUCUGAAACUGGAUUCUCGUUGUGGAGAGCUGCUGCCUUUAAUAGACCCACACUGACCACAGCCUGUUCCCGAGCCAGGAGCUGGGACUUUCACUUGCAUCCUGCUGCUGAAGAUCCCUAAGGAUUCAUCCCUUCUUCCUCCAACUAAUCGAAGCUCACGAGUGCAGCCUGUAGAGGGCAGCAAACCAACAUCUCUCUGCCUGCCCAUCUCUGAACACCUCAGGUUUCAAAGCCAAGGAGUUAAGAUCUUCAGGCUGAAGAGAUUUGUCCCUGAAGAAAGACUUUUUCAAAGCAGCAGCUUCUCCUGAUAGGAAAAGUGCUUUCACUUCCUUUUUAUCUCACCGGCAAAAGAGAUGGCCCAGGAAAUAUGUAGGCCAGAAUGGUCUCUGGAGUGCUAACCUAGGGAUCUCACUAAUGUGGGAGCCAGAAAGAGACACCUGCCUUGAACCUGGUCUGUAGAGAGGAAACAGUGAAUUCCCAAGUGGGAUCUUAAAUUGAUUUGUUUCUGCCGAGGGAAGCAGCAAGACUUGUUUGAUUACUGUGUUAGCCAGGAAGAAUCACUGUACCAGGCUAAAGCUUUCUGCACAAUCUCAUCAAAAGGUGAAGCGGAUGAAAGAAUCACAGCCUAUUCCAGGUAGUCUUUUGUCUACAAGUAGGGCAAGCAAUAAAUGUUCAUCCUGCAGCUGCCUAGGAAGCAAAUUUCAGUUAACUGGGAUAACCCAAGAUCUUGGAAAACACAGACUUCUUUUCACCUCUACGACUGUAGGUUUGCUCAUCGCCAGAAACCUUGCUCAUGAUGUUGGAAAUCUCAUUCCAACUGUUUUUGCAGACGGAGAUCCUAAGGUGCUCUGAACCAGAUUUGCUCAAUUGUCCAAAG